UACAUAAACAUUAUUUUGACGUAAACAUAACACACUGAACAAGAUCUACCUCUACUUUACAUUCACGUCACAUAAAUAUAUAACCAGGAUUCGGUGUUGGUGUUAUACUGAAUUCUAUGAGUAUCAGUAUGGCCAGUUUUCGUAAUCCUGCCUCCGCGUGUACCCGACUGCUCAUCCACCAAGCUGACAGUGGAACAGUCGGCCGGUUGCGAACCGCUUCCCCGGUGCGAUGGAGACGAGAGCAGAAUGACUGCGGUUACCGUGAAGUGGGCACUGUUCACCAGGUUUAUCAGACUCACACCAUUUCAGGGUCCUCGCAGGAGGGAGAUAAGAAGCAGAAAGAAAAGAAACUGUCUUACAGUGAGAUUUUAAAAGAACAGUUGAAAAGCGUGGAAAAAAUGAAGGAUGGUAUUGCCAGUAGUCUUUCAAAUAUGCCUGUUGCUACCACAAUCACACCUUCCCGAGUGAUCGAUAGCUUUUACAAAAAUAUAUCUUUGAUGGCCCGAGUGCGAAACAAAAUAGUGGCUGAUAUAAGUGCAAUUACUGAGGCAGUAAGCAGUCAGGCAUCAGAAUUGAAGAAGCUUGAAAGAAAUUUUAAACGUAAAGUUAAAUCGACAAAGCAGGUCAACAACGGCGAUGCUGUUGAUAAACAAUCAUUCCAUCAGUUCAUGCAAGAUACCAAUAACAGCAUUGCAUCAUUUUAUGACACCUCGAUUGCCGUGGACACAAACAUGCAAGCCAAAAAUGUGAAACUGCCUAUGACGUCUGAUGAAGCAGCCCAACAGAUGGUCAAGUCGCCCACUAGUAAAGUUUCAAAGAGCGACGAAGCUAGAAAGAAAUUUCUCAUGAAGGAAAACUUUGUUUCAAAAAGCGGCGUUGAAUUGCGCACUAGGGCUUUGGUUCAUGGCAUAAAGUUGGCUUCGUCCACAGCAUCUAAGUGCACACGUACCGAAGAUCUGUGUAAACAUCUACUGAAGUACCCAGAAUCAAGAAAUACUGCCAUGAAGGAAAAGGUUUUAGGGAGUCUGUUGAGAUUUAAGAAAUCAUCUGACAAGUCUCUUCAAUCCGUGGCGAGAGAGGCGCUGGCACUUGUCGGUUACGUGGCCCCGGUCAGAGGUCAAGGCAUUCGAUUGCUGGCUAUUGAUGGAGGCGGGACAAAAGGUCUCGUGGCCAUUGAAUGUAUGAAGAGACUAGAACAGUUGUGUGGUAAAGACUUGAAUCAGAUGUUUGACUACGUGUGUGGGGUCAGCACAGGUGCCCUGAUCGCGGCUUUGACCUUCCUAUACCGUGUGCCGCUUGAUGAGUGUGAAGACCUCUACAAGGAAUUCAGUCGCACAAUGUUCACCAGAAAUAAGCUGCUCGGCACAGGAAAACUGAUGUGGAACCAUGCGUUUUAUGAUGAAGAAAUAUGGGAAAACAUUCUCAAACAUGAAAUUGGCCACAAGAGAAUGAUCGAGUUCUCCAGAGCAGCAGGAACAGCUAAGAUGUCGGCCCUCUCUUGCCUCAUGAACACGUCAACGGUGAAGAUGUACUUCUUCCGCAACUACAACCUGCCGCCAGACGUUCACUCCGAGUACCUAGGCAGCUGUAACCACGCCAUGUGGGAGGUGAUACGAGCAUCAACGGCAGCGCCAGGUUAUUUCGAGUCUUACGUCAUGGGGGAUCUUGUUCAUCAGGAUGGAGGCUUGAUGGCCAACAAUGGAACAGCUCUAGCCAUACACGAGAGCAAACUAUUGUGGCCCAAUGUGCCCUUCCAGUGUGUUAUCUCCCUUGGGACAGGGCAGCACCAACCGUCACAGGAGUACUCCUCCACGAAGUUAGCACUCAAGGAUAAAGUCAUGAAGAUCGUCGAUAGCGCCACAGACACUGAAGCUGUCCACAUGACACUUCAAGAUCUUCUGCCACAGUCGACUUAUUUCCGCUUGAACCCGUACCUGUCGGAGAACAUAAUGCUAGACGAGAUCCGCGAGGAGAAGUUUGACCUGAUGCAGCAGGACACCCAGAUGUACAUGCGUAAAAACGAGAUUAAGAUCAACAAAGCCGUCAACCAGCUGACGAGGGAGAGGCGGGUCGACCAGAAACUCGGGGACUACAUCAAAUUGGUGAAAGACUCGUAUUUCUGAGAACUGUGUAGUCAGGUAGCCAAGGCUAAACAAAAGAAAUGGUCUCUGGUCAGCGUGCACGUCGAUUUUGACUUGUACAUUAUUUUUAAAAACUUUUUCUCCACAGUAUGAUGUCGAUUUUUGUAGAAGUAACCUGUGUUGUACAGAAUCCCCUGUGCUACUAUUUAGAAAAAUAUUUAGGCUACCACGGCAAAGGAGGGGGCACCAUGGCUACUGAGGAUGGACCAAGGUAGAUGUAAAACAAAUCCUAAAUAUACCCACCUUUUCUGUGCAAUCCAUGCUUUUUGUCUGACCAGAGACCAAUUUUUAAUUUUUUUGGCCAAAGUGGUUAUUCUAUGUAAUAAUGUUUUAUCUAAUGCAAGCAUAUUUAAAUAUGACUUAAUGCUGCAUUUGAGCGUGCUCGUAGCUAGGCAGUUGUUUUCAGGUGUUGGACAUUCAAUGCAGGCAUAUUCAAAUAUGACUGAAUGCUGCAUUUGCUUGUGCUUGUAGCAAGACAGUUGUUUUCCAGUAUUGCACAUUCAAUGCAAAUGUAUUUAAAUAGGGCUUAAUGCUGCAUUUGAGUGUCGUUGUAGGUAAGCAAACAUAUUUAAAUAUGGCUCAAUGCUGUGUUCAAGUCUGCUCAUAGCUAGGCAGUUGUUUUCAGGUAUUGCACAUUCAAUGCAAGCAAAUUUGAAUAUACGUUCUGUGUCCUAGUGUGCUCAUGGUUGAGCAAGCUUAUUUAACUCUCUCCAUUGCCACCCAGCACUGUCCUUGAUAGAUAAGCAGUGGCUCACUCCUUAUACUUACGACAGGAUUCGUCAUUUCACUUUCAUAAUUGUUUUCUCAGAGGCAGAUCUAUGGGGGCCUGGCCCCCCCCCCCCCCCCCC